GCGAACUGAUCCGAGAAGACAACGUAGCGUUUGCACGACACAGCCGCACUUUCGUCAAGACGAACCAGUCAUACAGGAUGGCUCUGGAUUGUGCAGACCCAGCAGAGUUUUGUGUUGGUGUCAUUCUUUCAUUCUCCCAAUGUCCCGAAGCCAUGCGAUGCGAUGUGUUGUGGGAUAAUGGAAAAGUCCUGAAGGGCUACAGAGUUGGAUUCCAAGGAGCUUAUGAUUUGGAGGUUGCAGAUUCUUCACGCAACCCUCGAUCCGAAAAUGUCUUUCAGUCUUUGGUAGAUGACUCUAAACGAGGAACGCUCUCGCGAUCAAGCUCUACAGACUCUCUUCAAGAGAAUGAUGGAGGCAGAAAAACAUCUAAUUGUACCACCAAUUCCUGCCCGAGAUCUGGAAUGUUCGGACGAUUUUCCUUUGGAAAGAAGAAGCCAGUCGCAGACAAAGCAAGCUUGGCUAGUUUCCAGCAAUUGCAAUCAAACGCGACAGGAACACACUCGCGGUUUUCAGGUGAAGGAAUUCUUGUGGAUAUUUCAGUCGGUUACUUAGAUCCACUGAAUUCGAUUUCACGAGCGUAGAGGCGUGGACUAGAUAGUUAACAACGUAGUCAUGUGGUUAAUGCUGCAUCCGAGAGGCAGAUCAAGAGCAGCGCGAUCAGCUUGAUGUGUAUUGUGGUCUCUGCAGAUUGUAUUCUUUAUAUUGUUUUUGCAUGGAACAAUAUUUUCUCAGAUUCU